CCCUUUUUUUGCAUUCUUUUUCAUAUGCAGCAGUGUCGGUUCUCUGCCACCGUAAAAUUUAACUGCUGAGUUCGUCUUCGUCUACCUGUCGUUGUUUCCACAUCGACCUGUCACUGUUUACGAGAAAGCCCCCCCUCCUCUCUGAACCACACUCACUCACACAGAGUCGUGCAGAGGGGGCAGCGGUGCGCUUGUGGCCGCUCUCUUUCCUGUUUCAGAUCUGUUCACAGCCUGAAACCCAUCGUAGCAGCAUCUCGAAGGAAUUACAACUUUACUGAACUUUGGAGUGGCUUUUUUUUUUUUUACACGUUUUUGCAAGUUUUUGUGGUUUCUUUUUUUCUUUUUGAUUUCUUUUUUUUAAGUCAUGGUGUCCUGACAUCUUUCUUCAUUUUUCGACAUCAUCCGAUCUCUUCCACUUGCCUCUCUACCCUCACUGUAAGGUAAGACAGUCGUGUGUAAAGUGUUGCUGUCUGCUCGUUGCUUCAAUCGUGUAACUACAAUCGUUGCAGCUUUCAUGUUUACUUCUCAACUGUGUUCAGGUUGUAACUAUUUUGUGUGAAAGAGUAUAAAAAUAAACGAAAGGUAGCUCUUCACAAUGUUGCAUGAAGAGAACCCCACUCUAUUUUUCCACACAACUGUAGGGGAAUUGAUUUCAGCUCAUGGACAAUGCUGGUAAAUGGAAAAGAUCAAGUUCAGUGGAGUAAUGCUGAAGCCUUUUUUCCAUCACAUGACAGCCACUCAAUCAAACAUCUAACCCACCCUACAUUGCAGCAUUAACUCCCAUCACUGUAAUGUCUCUGUUAAUAUUAAAAUAAUGGAUCAAGGCCCCCCAUCAUUCAUCAUCCUCACAGGUUUUCCUCUUAGUGUAAUCAUGCAGCUUCCUUGUGUUUUCUUUCACUUUACUGGAGCAGAGCUGGGACAUUGAUUGACAAAUUAGAGACAGAUGCCCUCUGGCAGGAUGUUCAUUUUCUUAUCACUUCCUACAAGGCCUCUCUCUGCACAUUUAGUCAUGCUCAUAAUAACAUGGUGUAGCUUUCUGCCAAAGCAGCCAACUGGAAGAAGGUCAAACAAAAAGGCUGCCCAUGUUAUGGCCCACACAUAAUCUACAACAUUGGGGAAAAGCUGUAAGCCUAGUUCUGUUUGCAUCCCCAAAUUUAAGGGCAAAUUUUAGCCGUGGGUUACUUGUUGGAUAAAUCCUGAGUGGAAACAGCUUAAACUGCGGAACAAUGGAGGAAAAAUAAAACGUUGGUUCAUUGUUCUUUCAAUCAGAUAACUCCUGAUAAGGUGACAGGGCUGUAUUUGACCACCCUGAGAAGAUUAAUGAAAACUCCCAUGAGUAUAUGGGAGGGGAACUUUGGCUCCCUCUUCUCCUUUCUGCCUUUUUUCUUUGUAUUCUCAAUGUGUCCUUACAAUGCCAUGUAAGGAAGGUAAAGUUAGCCAAUUUAAAAAAAGGGGAAAGUAGCAGUAAAACACGUCUUUCUGAUUUAUUUUAAUCUGCCACAAACAGGAAAACCUUUGCAGUGAAUGAUUGUACGAUGUGCAACAAGUGAUAAUGAAUUUUAUCAGGACUAUAAAAGGAAAAUACGGCUUUUAAUACCUGUUUGUGGUUUGAUUUGUCAAUUGUCACAAGAGAAUCUGACUCCAGUUUUUAUAGUUUUUAAUUGACACAUGGAUACAGAAUAAGCAUGAGUGUGAAUCACAGAAAAAAAGUCAGUGAGUGUUAAUAUAAUCGGCACACAAUGACCGAGCUGUCAGUUUUCUUGAUCAUCUUAUUGUAAACCUACAUCGAAGUGUGUGGACACAACAAGUGACCUGGAAUCGGAAACAUUACAUACAUUGAAUAAUUUAUUGAAAUGCUUUUUACAUUAGGUCAAAAAUAGGUCUAAAUGGUCCCAGCGCUGCCCCUAAAUUGUCAGUCUCCACUUAGUUGUCACAGAAUAAUUUAGUCGGUCUUGUUAAACCUUAUCUUGUCACACUGCAUUGACCUUGGCUCAGCUGGGAAUUAGGUCAUAUUUACAAAUCCUUUUUUCUGUACAAUGUGGUCAAUAACUGUCAUCUUUAACACCUGCGUCAUGUGCUGUCCAUCAAUAUAUAUAAGAGGUAAACACUAGUUUUUCAUUCCUAGUAUGUGUUGGGUUCAACAGUCACAAAGCGUAUGUUAUAUUCAAUAUACAAGCCAAUACACCUUUAUUCAAGGGGUUGAAAAAGCUGCUAUUGCUUUUGGCAGUGAGUCAUUUACAAAAAAAAAUAAGAAAAAUUAUUCUUCAAAAGGUUAGUCUAGAAUAUGUUAACAUUUUUAUUUCUUUUUUAUAAUUUUUUACUGUGUUUUUGGUAGAUUAAGGCAGUUAUGUCAAAAAUAGUGGCAGCUGUUACAGCAUGUAACCGGCGAUGAAAGUAAAAAGUUCUCUUCACAUUACUGCUUGUGCCUGGUUAAAAAAAGAGACAAGAAGUGUUAAUGGUUUAGCUUUCUAUAGCGCAAGUGAGAGUUUAUUUACGGUUUGGAUCAAGCACCGAACAGUUUCCUUCUGCUUCCUAUUAUUAGUCAUUAAGACAAAAGGGGAUCGAGCCUCCUAAACUAACUCUUGACACUAAGCAUGAUAAGUAAGAGUAGUCAAAGUUGAUACAAUAAUAAGUGUUGACAAAAAAUAGCAAUUUAAAGCUCUUGUAAGGAGCUUUUGACAUCUAUGAAAUCAGCUGAAAUUUGUAUUGAAAUCUUUUUAUGCCAAAAAAAAGAAAGCAAGACCAUCAGCAAUAUGAUUGAUUAUUUAUAGGCUAUCAUAAUUUUACUGCCUGUAAUCUGUGAGAGGGGAUAGGUGUCAGCUAAGCAGCCCUGUUUUUCCAACAUUCACGUGAAGUCCCACUCUGAUCAUUUUAAUACUUAAAGUGUUUUUAGUGGUCUUUAAAUUGUGAUUAUGAAGUUUUCAGCCAAAAUCACAUUACCGAAGUCAUUUUCAAGGGCUUUUCUUCUGCAGAGCUCCAGUAGCUCAUUAGCAAUUUGCCUCUGAGUCGUGGGCGGAGACAGCGCUGCUCUGCACACUCCUCUUCACGCUCUCGGACACUAAUGUCUUUAGGGACAUGAUGAAAGUUGAUAUUAGAGUUAGCUUUCUUACGAGCAUUGCACUCUGCGAACUUACACAGUUGUUCCGCAAUUGUCCUCUCUACUUAUCUGAGUCUGGCCAGCAUUUUUUGCAGGAAGACAUUGUUUAGGCAUGUUGAGGACAAAAUAAGCAAAGACUGCUUUUUCGCUGGGGCGCUGAAACUGGUACAAGUCAAAAGUUCCUCCCAGGAGCUUUAAAAUCAGAGCAAAGUAAGCCGUCGUUAAUCUGAUCACAUAGGCCAAAUGAGCUUUCACAACAUACAGUACACGGCUGAUGUUAUACAAAGAUAUUUUCUUUUUAUUUAAUUAUCUUUUUUUGGGAGCUGAACACAGAAAGUGUUAGUAUAUGAUCAUGUUAUCGGCCACUUUUUAAAGUUUACAGUAAGUAAGGAGUUUUAUUUCUUCCCACUUGCAUCUUUUAUGCUUUGCUUAGCUGAAAGCAUUUCAUCUCUAGCGUUGUACUAAUCCACAGACAGGAGCAGUAUGAACCUUCUCGUUUAACUGUAUUUAACUUCAUGUGUUUGGUUGAACCAGCCCUGGUUGAUAAUUACAUUUAAAAAGAAGCACUUUGAAAUGUAACAUAAUUAGCACUACUGUCUCUCUCUAAGGUAACAAGUGUAUUUCUUGUAUUUUCUCUGGCUGCUUGUAUAUUUCCAUUGAACGGUUUAGUGUUAAAUAUUAAACAAGCUCCAGCAAAUCUUUAUCAUUGCCAAAGUCAAGGGUAUUUUCAUUAAGCAUGAUCUUGAAACCUGUUAUUUUUCUUCUCCACUUCCCUGAGCUGUUGUUCCCCAGUAACCUGAAUACUUUGUCCUACAUCUCAUUCAGUCCCUUUGUGAAGGUUAUUCAAGGUUGGGUCAUGGUUAAUCUGCUUACAUUUUAAACUAAUUUAACAAAAUACCCUGAAAUAUGUUGCUAAGCUUGCUUAACAAGGUGUUCCAGUGUUGUUUUGAUGGCUCUGAAAUUUCAAACUGGAACAUUUUGUGUCAUUAUCAGUGAUUUUAGAGGGAGGUAUUUCAGUGGCGGGAAUAAUGAGGGAAGGUUUCGGGAAACUUUUCCGGAGAUAAAAGGUGCUUUGUUGGACUGUCUGCCUUGAGCUCCCCUGUGUGUAAAACAAACUGUCCGCCUGUCUUCUGGAGAUGAAUGACUUUUCAAACCCGUGUGUGCAUCUGUGUGGUAUCUUGUAAUCUGUUUGUAUAGUUGAAACCACUGAGAUUGUGCUUUCUUUCUCUCCCUCUCUCCAGACCAUUGCUCUUAAUCUGGCAGCCUCCCAGACAUUCCCUUCCCAAUAUUCUGCCACUGUCUGUGACAUUGUCCAGCGACCUGACGGCAGAAGCGAUAUAAAUCAUUGCACAGACGAAGAGGAAGACCAACAAUCUGGUAUAUUGUGUACAACAGUAUAGGGUUCAAGUGAAGGUGAAGUCAGGCAUUGCAACCGUGAUGUUUUUGGGAGAAACUUCCUGUUUUGGCUUUCUUCAGCCAUGACACAAUCACUUUUGCACCUAGUUGUGCCAUGCGGUUUGCCAAGCGGGUAUUUUGUCUAAAAACACGACAACCGACAAAGUCUGUGGGAUGAAAGCGCAACAAACGCAACAAAGAGGAAAGACUAACCAUGCUGAGGGAUGACCAGCUGGUUUAUAUCGUCCUGGAGUUGGUGAUUGCCUUACUGGCUGUGGCUGGUAAUGUCCUGGUGUGCUGGGCUGUCUUUGUCAACUCCAACCUGCAGAGCAUCACCAACUUCUUUGUGGUUUCUCUGGCAGUGGCUGAUGUCGCUGUGGGACUGCUGGCGAUUCCAUUUGCUAUCAGUAUUAGGUAUCAUAAAAUUUGUUUUUUUUUCCUCUGAACAUUUCAUGUCUCAAAAUUUUUGUUUCCUAAAUUAAAAAAUCUGACCGAAACUUGGGUUGUCCAGGUACAAGUAUCAAUGAUGGCCUCUGAUAGAGCUCAUUAUGUGAUAUUAGGUACUGGCAAGUGAUUUAUUCAUCCAAAACAAUUAUUAAAAAGUCAGUUUCAGGUAAAUACAGUGAUGUAUAGAUUUCAUUUUUUUACUCUGGUAUUAAAGGACUUGCUGUAUGUUUUUUAUAACUUGUAAAUUUUUCUUUCUCUGUAAUUUAAAACCAGCACCGGCUUCUGCUCCAACUUCUAUGGCUGCUUGUUCAUUGCCUGCUUCGUCCUUAUCCUCACCCAGAGCUCCAUCUUCAGCCUGCUGGCUAUUGCUGUGGAUCGCUACAUCGCCAUCAACAAUCCGCUCAGGUGAGGAGGGAAAAAAAGUGUUGUUAACUUUGCUGAAAAAGGAAAUGUUUCCUGUAGUCUCAUGUUCCCAGGAAAUACAUCCAUCUUUGUUUUUUCUUAUGUUUGUAUUUUUACUUUUUUCAUUUACCUUUCUUAUUUUGCAUAAAUAUGAUGAGAUUUCAAGUGCUCACUAAAGCAGAUCAUCCAAAACACAGGGUAGGAGGACUAGAAAGAGACUUGACCAAAGCAGGGUCAUGAAAACCUCAGAAAACAAAGAAGGAAAACAGACUUUUUAAAAACUAUUUCCAACCUGCUGCUCUUUUCACACAUGGGACUCAAGCCAGAACCAUUUAACAUUGUAAGUGUCCAAAGCGGAGUGGAGUGGUGUAGCAAACACAUUGAAUUACAGUGAUAUCUUAUUCAAUUAAGACUAUCCUGGCCGGUUGUGGGCAGACAGAGACGUAUGCCUCCACAGGCUUUAUUAGGUUAUGGCUUGUCUGCUGCUGGAGGGAUUAAACGGGCUGGAUGCUUUUAUCAUUCUCAUCCAUGUAAAUUUAUACCAAUCAAAUACAAUUUCUUUUAAAUGGCAGGCUUGUUUUGCAGCUAACAUCAAAGUGACUUUUUGCAACAGGUAUUUUGACACACACAUUGACGCAUAUUGUUUGAAUGCAUUACCAAAGACACUUCUGUUUAGUCACAGCUGUUUUCUUUACCCUUGUCUCGGCAGAUAUUUCAUACAGUAUAUAGUAAGUCACAGCAGGUGAUACAUUUGCGAAAGCAGUUGCACAACAACCUCAUGCAUGUGAGUGUGUUUCUGUGGCUCACCCUGGUGCCACGGUUCUGGCUCUAAAGACUGGUGAGCUAAUAAUUCAUCAGAGUUUAGGGUGCUUAAUAUAGCUUACUGGCUGCCAUCCUGUCCACAAAAGAGUUCAGUCAGAUGAGACAAUAGCUGUAGGUGGGGUGAGGCUACUGAGAAUCCUGUCCUCAUUAAUGCUUAUUCGCUAUUUUUACUUCCAUUGCUCGAUUGCACAUUCUUUUAAAGUAAAGUCUAAAUGAUUACUUCCUUAAUCUUUACAGUCCUUAAAAAUAGAAUUUGAAGGUAAAAAUGGUCAUUGUUGGAGGGAAAGUUGAAGAGGACUUUGUCACAAAUCAAAAUCACAGCAGAAAAAUAGCACAUCAGAGGUUGGUAAAUAUAUAUCCAAGCCAGUGCCAUUUAAUUUUUAAUUCAGGAAAAACCUUCACCAGAGUUUAGGUCAAUAUGUGAUACGAUACAGGAUGACUUAAUCCUGUGCAGUAUGAUACGAUGAUAUGAUAUGAUUUGAUAUGAUAAUCUACAACAAUAUAUUGCGAUAUUUACCACAGCUCAAUAACAUACAAUAUGUUUUGAAACAAUUAUCAUUAUCAUAGAAUACAAUAAGAUGUAAUAGGAUGCAAUAUGACACAACAAGAUAGGACUGGAUAGGAUACAUUUCAACACAAUAUGAUUUGCAGUACAACACACUAUAAUUAAAGCAACACAGUAUGAUACAAUAGAGGACAAUAUGACAAUGUCCCCUAAAGGAGAAUUCAUCCUGUAUUUAAGCGUUGCACACAUUUAGCAGCGUCCAUAGUUGCAUUCAUAAAUAAAAACAGCAAAAAGUAUUCAACAAGCUACAUGUAAACAGAGAAACACAUGAAUAUGAAAACCGCAAACAACAAGUAUUAUCAUGAGCCAUAUUAAAAUUUGUUAAACCAAGUAUAGCAACAAAGUACAGCAAAGCAUAUGUGAACAAAAGUUGUGUGUUUAUAUUAUUGGUAGUAAUAUUGGUUAUUUUUGGACUCACUCACCCAAGGGACCCAAAUUUGGAAACAAAUUUAGAAUUGUGAGUUGAUGUGAAGUCCCUGAUGAGAAAGACGUGUCGGUAAACUACCAUAAAAGGAAGGAAAUACCAUCAACAGAUUUACAGUGCGCUCAUGCUCAUCUACAAGUUAAUACUGGUUGUAUUCUUGUCUCUAUGAGUCAACUUUCAAAUGUUGACGUUGACACACUAUCACACUGAGAUUUAAGCUAAAACAAUGUAUGUGCUACUUUUUAGGUACAACAGCGUGGUGACUGGACGGAGGGCAAAGGGCAUCAUCACACUGUGCUGGUUUCUCUCAGUUGGUAUCGGGUUGACACCGAUGCUGGGCUGGAACAGAGGUGAGGCAUUAACUUUGGCGAAUGUUAAUAUGCAUUUUUAGUGUUUCCAACCAUGUCUUGAUUUACAACUUAAGCCAUGAGUCAAAAAGGCUCCAGGUGGGUGGAGACCGCAGGUUCAGAGCUGUUGAUGCUCUCUUUAGCUUAUAGAACCCUUCACCUACUUGACUUUGUCACUUUCACUUUACCUUACCACCUUCAGUGUUUGUAUUGUGUGAUUACAUAUUCUCUUGUUUGAACAGCUGGCAUUCAUUCCACAUUUCACCACCCCUUACCCAAAUGUCCACUCCCAACACCCAACACCCAACAACCUAUGUAUGCACCGGCAGAUGUCACAUCUCCAAAUAUACCAAACUUUCAGUCUCAUCAUCACUAAUCACUACCCACACAAAUGUAAAAAUACACACAACCUUGAAAAUGAGAAACAUAAUCUGCUAUAGUUGUAUGAAAGAGAUUACAGGCAUUUACAAUGUUAUGUGUUUGGUUUGACAACAAUGCAAGGGGUAAUGUGCAGUGAGGGGUUUGUUACAGCAGACUGGAUUGCCAACACAUUAUCCCUUUUAUUGUAUAUAUUUGAGAACCAACCCAUUUUUCUCUACAUUUUUAUUUAAAAAUUGUUUCAAAUUCACAGUAUUUUUUGUAAACAACUGUUCAAAACAAUCGUUUACACUCAAAGUUUGAGCUGCAUUAUUGUGACAAUCAACUCCAUUGGUUUCUAUAAAUGAACUAACUUUGCUUUUAAUACUUAAUACUUGCUGUUAAUAAUAUUAUACUGGAUGUUACGACUUUCAUUGAACUAGAACAAGGUGAACAGGAUGGCAUGGAUCAGCACCCCACCUUUUUAGUUUACCUGGAACAGAGUCUUUGGCAUUGUCUUUUCCAUUUAUCAGUCUUCACUCUAUCUCUUUUCAUGUUCUGUUAAGUGCUUUUUGUGUGUUUAACCUCUCCUACCUUUUCUCAGCCAUCUCUAGUCUUUGUUUCCCACCAUAAACAAACCAAUGUCGAAUUGACUGUAGACUCUGAAGGCACCAGAUUCUCAGAUUAAAGUCAAUGAGAUACUGUCCAUUGCAACGGUGUGUUUGCCACAACAAUGGUCUGCUAUUAAUAAAUACUUGACUGUUGCUAUGGAUCACUGACCAAUCAUAAUCAAGUAUUGGUAACAGUCAUGUGAUAAUAAUGGAUAAAACUGUUAAUGAAUCACCUCUAACUCUGAUGUACAGGUUUGAACGCCACCACUACCACCAACAGCUACCACUGCCCUGAAGGCCUGACAGUGUGCCUGUUUGAAGAGGUGGUUAACAUGGACUACAUGAUCUACUUCAACUUCUUUGGGUGUGUACUGGUGCCUCUGAUGGCAAUGUUGGUUAUCUACAUUCAUAUCUUCAUGGCUGCUCGGCGACAGCUCCGCCUGAUGGGACUUAAAGUUGCAAACGUACCUGCGCCUGGAGAAAUGACCUCAUCAUCCGGCACAUCCCGUUCCACCUUACAGAAAGAAGUGCAUGCGGCCAAAUCUCUGGCCAUCAUUGUUGGUUUGUUUGCCCUAUGUUGGCUUCCCCUGCACAUCAUCAACUGUUUUAACCACCUGUGUAAGGACUGUAAGCGCUCACAUUUGUGGGUGACGAACAUUGCCAUCAUCCUCUCCCAUGCUAAUUCUGUCGUGAACCCAUUUAUUUAUGCUUACCGCAUUCGGGAGUUUAGACAGACUUUCCGGAGGAUCCUGUAUCAGCACAUCCUCAGACAGAGGGAUAGAAAUGAGUUGUGGGUUGGGAAUGGUGAUGGCAGGAGCGUCAGAAGCUGCAGCAUCAUGCGGACUUCCUCCAUUAUCAGUAAAGAGGGUUCAACAAGUUGUACACUGGCCAAUAGCUAUGUGCUGGAUUCAAGUCCUCAGAGAACACCGAAAAAAAUGACUCAGGAAGCCCCCCGUUGGACAUCAGAGGUAGACACUGCACCAAGCAGCUGUUUACCUAAUGGACACCAAAUAAUGGGUAGCACUCCCUCAGUAACGCAGCAAUGCACUGUGGGAAGUGCUGCUCAGGGUGAAGGAGAGAGCGGAACAACUGAUGUGUUGGAGGUGAAAGACAGUGGGUCUUGCAUUUCUUUUGUGAAUGUUCAGGCUUUCUCUCUUGAACAGUCAACACGUUCUACAGAGCUCACAGAAGUCUCCUGACAGACACAUAUCCACUGAUACAUACAGCAAUAUAACUGCGUGUCAGCAUGGCAUUAAAACGGUGAAAGAAGCUCCAGUGUCGCAUUCAACACUUCAAACCCUUAAACUCUUCAAUUACAUUUUUUAUAACGAUGCAUGUGGUUCUUUUUAAUGCUUAUCUGCAUUUUUGUAACUCACCAGUAAAUUAAAAGUCUUACAUAUGUGUCAGUUUAAUGGUUUAACAUCACUUUCUGUGAAAAAGAAUGGAUGAACUUCAAUCACCACUAUCCACUAAUGAACAUUUUUACAAUUAACCUAGCUUUACAAAUCUACAUGCAGUUCCAUAUUAGAUUGUUUGAGUCAUAUAGGUUAUAUAGUGGAAAUUAAAGCUGUCCAAAUAUUGGGCUGAAGAACUGUAUGAAGGCAACCAUUAACUUUGAAACAAUCUUUUAUGUAAACAUCUGACAAAGAGCAAUUCUCCCUGUGGGCAUUUUAUGGCAAUUUCCUGAUUGCUAACAUGUGUUGCCCGGCAUGUGUGCGUGCUGGUGGUCCAACAACUGGUAUAUACAAGCCAGUUAGUUAUCAUCCAUCCAAAACUAGUUUGAACCAUUCAAAUAUCAUUCUAUAUAUUUGUACUAUUCUCUGAGUCAAAAGAACAACAGAGAAAAAAACAGGCACACACGUAUACACACUGUAAGUGCUACACAUGAUCACAGACUGCCUGGAAAGAGGUGUUCGUAGAGUAGCCUGGCCGGUGACGCCAGUCAAUGAGCCUAAUGCAAUGGAAAUCAAAUGAAGGUUCAUUUGAUGAUGUCUUUUAUUAUGCCAUUAUGCUUUCUCUUUCCUCAUUACAAAGCCCCUCUAUUGCGGGAAGAACCUGCAUUAAGAAGCAUUUAUGUGCCUCAGUGCAAUCCCAGACUCAUGUCUCUGGGGAUAAACAUAUAUGGGUAUGUGUUCAGCUCAUCUAGCUUUUAUUCAAAAUUUGCCCACCGGUCGUUACACAAUGUGAUUCUCAUGAAGCCAUUUCAUUUUAAUGCUUUUGUUUUUAUGUGGUAUUUUGAUAAAAGAAUAAGAUAAGGGUCAUAAGUAUUAUGUAAUUUUGGGUGAUACAAGCCUGUCAUUUGAAGGCAAUGGAAAAACAAAACCUCAAAAUAAACAAGACUGGAGGAAA